AUGUUCACUAGGCUAUUGUGUGCCUGUGGCUUUGAGGAGUGUAGCCUGGUCGUCGAGGCCCGUUGUUUUUGUGCUUGGCUUGAUGACUUAUUCAUAUUGGUAACGUAUUACUUAGUUCGCGAUAUAACCGGGAUCACCUAUCAGCUACAAUGGAUGAAUACACAACUUCGGGCUCUGGCAACGCAAAGCGGUCAAGAUCUUCUACUUUGGUGUCAGCAGGUGACCAAAGAUUAUCCCAAUGUGAAGAUCACUGACCUGACUUCCUCAUUCCGAUCCGGUUUGGCUUUCUGUGCCAUUCUACACCACUUCUUUCCUGAUCAGCUUGACUUUUCUCAACUGUCUAAUAAUAGUCCGAUUGAGAAUUGUCGACUUGCAUUCAAUGUCGCUGCCAAGCUGGGAAUUCCGAGGGUGCUAGAUCCGGGUGAGGUCACAUCCGCAAAUCGGGCACCGGAUCUGUUGAGCAUGAUGACUUAUUUGCAUCAAUUGCGUACACACUGUUGCGGUCGUUCGCCGGGUCUGACCGAUCCUUCGGUGGUAGAUUCCGUGCCUACGCAACGAAUAAACUCCAUUAAUCCGGUUGAUGGGUCCAACACAAAAUCGUCCCAAGAGUCACAAUCUGCAGAAUCGCCUGCAUCAACACAACAGCCGAACUCGAAUCAUGUCCCUCAGACUCGCAGUCCGUCCAAGACGAUUGAGAACACGGAGACAGCGAAAUUAGACGCUAAAGCACGGCCAUCCACGGAAGAGGAUAAUACAGACGCGAAACCGACCAAUGCUUCCACGCAAAAAGUAAGUUGA